AUGGACACCCACAUUCCAAUCUGUCUCCCUUCUGCCCUCCUCAAAGUAGCCGGCCUCCACGGGCCACCGCUUUCCCGGCUUCAGCCGCGCGCGGCCCUGUCUCCAUGGCAACGCGGCGUCCCAGGCUCCUGGCUCCAAACCCAGAGCGAGUCGCGAGCAGGGCUGGCCUUCGGUCUUUGCCCUUUGGACGGUCGGCUUGACAAGGCCACAAGCGGUUUUGGACCUGAAUUUUGUAUUCCGGAAAUCCCUAGGAAUUAUGUAGACAAGACAAAUGCUGUAAAGGCACCAAAAAAUAGACAGACUGGCAGAUUGCUAGUGUUUGAUCCAAAGGAAAAAGUGAUGAUGAAACCAAAUGAAGCAAUGUCAGAUAAAUGCCUCUUUGGACGCAGACCAAGACUGGCAAGCAAACUUUAUGCCUCACCAACACAAGUCUCUCUAAAUGUAGCUAAGAUAUUCUCAGAAAAGAAGGAAGUCUCUUCAAAGAAUAUUGAAAAUAAAGUCUCUUUAAAGAAUACUGAAAAUAGAGUAUCUUCAAAGAAUAUUGAAAAUAAAGAUAUCUUAAAUCUACAGUCUGACCUGUGGUCAUCUUCCUUCUUAAAAGAAAGCACAGGUGAAGUGGACAAAGAUGCAGUCAUUGCAAAGCAGGAGAAAAAUAAUGAAGAUUGCCUUCAGAAUAUUGAUGAUAAAUUGUCAGAAUCAGUAGAUGAUGAUGAUGAAGAUGAUACCAGUGAUGAAAAUAACAAUGAAGACAGUAACCCUAAAAAGGAUACUUGUGCCCCACUAGAGUUAAUGGCAGAAUUCCUGAGAGCAGAAAUGGGCCGAGACUACCACCUGGCAAAAAAAUUAUGUCAGAUGAUUCUAAUCUACGAACCAGAAAAUCCUGAGGCCAAGGAGUUUUUGGCACUUAUUGAAGAAAUGUUGCUGAUGGAGAAAAGUCAGAAUCUUAAGAAAGAUGAUGAAGAUAGCGAAGAAGACAGCAGCAGUGAGAGCGAAGAAGAAAGCAGCAAGGACCCGAAUGACGAGAGUUCUGACGAAUGUGAAGAUGGGUCGUGAAUGCUGCUGCUAUGGUUUAAGCUUCAUGUAUUUUCAUUAAUGUAUACCACGCAGAUAUAAAGAAGAGGGCUGCA